AUGGAUAGCAAAGCCUUGGGCCUGUUCCUGCCCCUUGGAAGGCUGUGUGGCGGCUGGACCUGGUCAUGGUCAUCCUCUUCAAGGGCAUCCCCCUGGAGAGCACCGACGGCGAGCGCCUGGUCAAGGCGGCGCAGUGCGGCCACCCGGUGCUCUGCGUGCAGCCGCACCACAUCGGCGUGGCCGUCAAGGAGCUUGACCUCUACCUGGCCUACUUCGUGCGCGAGAGAGGAUGAGUUCCACCCGUUCAUCGAGGCGCUGCUGCCUCACGUGCGCGCCUUCGCCUACACCUGGUUCAACCUGCAGGCGCGGAAGCGCAAGUACUUCAAGAAGCACGAGAAGCGGAUGUCCAAGGACGAGGAGCGCGCGGUGAAGGACGAGCUGCUGGGUGAGAAGGCCGAGGUGAAGCAGAAGUGGGCGUCGCGGCUGCUGGCCAAGCUGCGCAAGGACAUCCGGCCCGAGUGCCGCGAGGACUUCGUGCUGGCCAUCACCGGCAAGAAGGCGCCGGGCUGCGUGCUCUCCAACCCCGACCAGAAGGGCAAGAUGCGCCGCAUCGACUGCCUGCGCCAGGCCGACAAGGUGUGGCGGCUGGACCUGGGCCAGGUUCCCGUCCCUUCCUCCGGCUCCUCCCGCUACAACUCCUUCCCUUUGAUAUCCAGGACCUGGAGCAGUUGGCUGGGAAUUCCAGGGCCUGGCUUUGGCUCUCUCUCCAGCUGGCUGGCGCUGGGAGGCCGACGUGGCAGCCCAGCAAAGCCAGCUACACUUGGAAGGCCGCGAAGGUUGGAAAAUAAACCAGACGCGGAGCAGAGCGGCAGUCCCCGGGCCGGGAUGGGCUCUGACCAGGAGGACAGCAAGCCCAUCACGCUGGACACAACCGACUUCCAGGAGAGCUUUGUCACCUCUGGUGUGUUCAGUGUCACCGAGCUCAUCCAAGUGUCCCGGACACCUGUGGUGACUGGAACGGGACCUAACUUCUCAUUGGGUGAGCUUCAGGGGCACCUGGCAUAUGACCUGAAUCCAGCCAGCACCGGCAUGAGAAGAACGCUACCCAGCACUUCCUCCAGUGGGAGCAAGCGGCACAAAUCGGGCUCGAUGGAGGAAGACGUAGACACCAGCCCCGGCGGCGAUUACUACACCUCGCCCAGCUCUCCCACGAGUAGCAGCCGAAACUGGACGGAGGACAUGGAAGGAGGCAUCUCAUCCCCGGUGAAGAAGACAGAGAUGGACAAGUCACCCUUCAACAGCCCGUCUCCCCAGGACUCGCCGCGCCUCUCCAGCUUCACCCAGCACCACCGGCCUGUCAUAGCCGUGCACAGUGGGAUCGCCCGGAGCCCGCACCCGUCCUCGGCCCUGCACUUCCCCACCACCUCCAUCCUGCCCCAGGCAGCCUCCACCUACUUCCCUCACACAGCCAUACGCUACCCACCUCACCUCAACCCCCAGGACCCGCUCAAAGAUCUCGUCUCACUGGCCUGUGACCCUGCCAGCCAGCAACCUGGACCGUUAAAUGGAAGUGGUCAGCUCAAAAUGUCCAGUCACUGCCUUUCUGCUCAGAUGCUGGCACCCCUGCCCCCCGGGCUGCCGAGGCUGGCGCUUCCCCCUGCCACCAAACCCACCUCCGGGGGAGGAAGCACGUCACCGACCUCGCCCUCCUACUCUACGCCCGGCACGUCCCCUGCAAACCGUUCCUUUGUGGGAUUAGGACCAAGGGAUCCAGCGGGCAUUUAUCAGGCACAGUCCUGGUACCUGGGAUAAGAACGAUUUCUUCCCACGCCCUGCUCCUUCGUCCGGGUGGGCUGCACAGCCGGCCCCAGCCCACGUUUUCGGUGGAAAGUUAAAGCAAAGCAAGAACACCCUGCCGACUCCCAGCCCAGCCGAAAAGACAAAACACAUAGACACAUACACACAGGAGGAAAAAAAGAAAAAGCCAAAAAAAAAAAGACAAAUGGGAAAAAAAUCAUAAAAAUAAACCCACCCAAGCAAGAAGACAAAAGGCAAAGACGGCAACGCUUCGGACCCUUGGGACGCCACAGCUGGACCUGCCCCCCUCGGACCUGCCCCCCUCGGCAGAGGGCACGAGGACAUGACAGUGCCCGGGGGCCUCUCUAAGUUACUCAUCUCUCACUGCUGCUCUGGAAAGGCAGGUGCCCGCCUCCACCUCCACCUGGACCAGGUGAGCACAGCCUGAUGCCCGGGCCCAGGCCCCACGGGGCAGGACGCCCAGCAGGGCCACCUCUCCCCCGUGUCCCCUUCGUCUCUGCCGCCAGGAUGUUGGCCAGGCUUCCCACGCCGGUGGUGACCUUUCCGAGCAGGAAGGCAGGCGCCACGGAGGCCGGGGCGGGCAGGGGAGCGACAAGGGCAGACGAAGGUUGUGGGAGACCCUGGGCCUCACCAGGGGUCAAGGACAUGUGGCAGAUUUGUUCUCAGGAGCGUCCUGGGGCCGUCACGGGAUCUCUACCUGCCCCACAGCGUGCACGUGCUGGGCUGGCUCGGGACUUUCAGCCCCGCGCCUGUCUGUCUGGGAAGAGAAGUCUCUAUGCAAUUGCCCCCCAGCCCCACCCGGCGGCAUAGAAGGCCACGCACCCCCCACCGCACCCACCGGCGGCUCCACACCCCCAGGGGAGGGAUCCACGUUGCACACACUGUAAGAAAUGCACUUUCCGAGGAAGGGGCUGUGGGGGCGGAAUGGGAAGACCCAGAGCUCCUCAAGGAAGGAGGUCGUCUGGCGUCUCCAUCCACUGAGCCCUGGGCGGGGAGGACCCUUCCCACUUACCCAGAGGAGGUGGGAGGUGAGAGCGAGUGGAUUAAGUGCCUGAUUCCCACCGCCCACCCCUCUGUCCAGCUGAGACGUGAGAGUGGCCGUGGGCAUCCCCACCCCCUCCCCCGCAACCCGGCCACCGUCAGUCCCUGACCCCUCAUUGCUAUGCUCCCCUCAGAAAGAUGGGUGUCCCCCAAGCAUCCUGCUGUGCUGGGGCGUGGGGGCAGGGUCUGGGGAAACUGGUGUGCACCCCCCAACGCCUCCUCUGCCAGUGCCUUACAUCCUGGAGCGACACCCCCUCCCUGGUGCCUCAGCCCAAAGGGGGACUACGGUUUGCACUUUUAUCUCCCCCCAAAGUGGGCACAGCCGGGGAGGUGCAUUGCAGCAGGGCCCCCAGAAGGGCGGCAAUCCUGGACGGGGCGGAGGUUCUGGUGGAGGGGGUGCCCGCACCUCUGGGCCCCUGCGGCUGCAUAGGGGACCUCCAUCUGCUAAGCAUUUUCCGUUGAGCCGCUCCAAAAACACUAAGCUGGGGACACCGGGUGCCCCCCACCCCGGCUCCCCAGCCCCAUCCCACCCCCACCCCAGGUGGCCAUCUUGAGUGGGGGGCCUAGGAGGGAGUGUUAGGUGUUGUAGGGUAACCAGGCCCAAACACAGAUCCCUCCCGGCCCCUCCUCUUGAGCCCCCUGGCGGCCUCCAGCCUCCAUGCCUGGCGCUGAGGAAUAUCUACCCACCAUGACCCGCCCCGGGCCUAGGCCAAAGCUGGUGCCCUGAGCAGGGCCUCCGCCUCAUCUGCUCCCAGCCUGGCCCUCAGCUCCUUCUCUUGCUACCCCCGGGCCUGGCCAGCCUCCCGCCACUUCCAGAAACCGGACUUUCCUCCCAAACCAGCCCGAGGGGCUUGGCGAACCCACUUGGUCAUAAAGAGAAAGUUCCAAGACCCUCCCCCGCCCUCCCUCCCAUUGACCAGAGGGGUUCAAGACCCCUGGGCCCAUCCGUGGGUCCCCAGGGCCCUGCAGGUGGCCGCCGGGGGCCGAAGCAUGGGCCGUUGGUUGGGAGGGCGGAGGGGGGGGUCACGCAGCUAGGGUAUCCGGAAGCUUAGCCGGGAACCUUAGGGUGCAGGUAGGCGUGGUAGGGGAGGGGGCACCUGGCAGCCCCCAGCGACCUAACUUGCAUGGUGCUUAGUCGAGGACUCCUGUGGCCUGGCUCCUGCUGCCAGCUCACUGCAGCUGGCACUGCAUGGCAGACUCUACCUGGCUCUGUCUCCCAGCCCCAGCCCCACUACUCCCCUCCUCUUUAAAAAAAAAAAAGAUACAAAAAAAAUACCCUUAAAAAAGUCCAUGUUUCCUAAUUUGCACGAAAUUUUCUACCACAUGAUGUGCCUUGCCUUCCGAAAAUAAGUAUUACCUUUAAACAAUAUCAGCGCAAAGGUAGCUGCAUGCCCUGCUCGUGUAGUUAAAAAGAAAAAGACAAAACAAUGACAUGAAAUAAAAAGUAAAAAUGGAAAA